UCUUCCGGACAUCAAUAUUCUUUCUCGACAUCGUAUGACAUUACCCAGAGAUCCCUCUUUGGCUUGAGUGCUGCAGAUUCUUUCCUUCGAUUCAUGAUGAGUACGAGUCUCAGCAUAUGUUUUUCAUGAGAAUGAUUGAGUACACUGGUCCUGAACCCUGAACGUUUGUGGAUGCAUCAGAGAGCAGCACCUUACUGGUGAAAUCGAAAAUGUCCUCUACACCGUCAUCAGCUCCGACCACCAUCCUGAUAGGCCUAUCUGGACCUUCGAGUAGCGGCAAGACCACUCUUGCUAGACUGUUGAGAAGCGUGGUCAAUCUAUCGGUCGUGGAGGGCGGGAAGGAGUAUAAGUUGAGCUUGUUCGUUUUACAUGAAGAUGAUUUUUACAAGGUUGAUAAAGACGUGCCGAUAGUAACAUUCUCAUCCUCCCAACACGGCACCCGCUCUCUCCAGGACUGGGACUGCGUCGAGUCCUUGGACUUGGACCUCUUCGAGCACACGCUCCAGUACGUCAAAGACCACGGCGCUCUGCCUCCAGACACAGUGAGCAAAGAGGACCAGAAUUCCGUGGGGGACGUACAUGUCAGCGAUGCCGAAGUUCAGGACUUUCAAGGCGAAGUCAAAUCGUGGUUUCAACAACUCCUACAUGACCACCUCCUCUCCACCACCGGCACCACCAGAAGUGAGUUGCCGAAAGAGAUGAGGAUAUGCAUCCUAGAUGGCUUCCUCUUAUACCCGCCGGCUCCAUCAGUCCCCAAUGCACGAUCUGAGACCGAGGCCGCGGAAUUAAAACAUUUAUACGAUCUUUCGCACGCUUUGUUGUCGCCAAGACUGUUCCUGCCAUGCAGUCGCGAGCAGAUGGUGAACCGCCGGCUCGCGAGAAGUGGGUACGUGACGCUCGAGGGCUUCUGGGUUGAUCCGCCAGGGUAUGUCGAGGAUGUGGUCUGGCCGAACUACGAGCGGACACAUAGCUGGAUGUACACUGACAAUAACGCUGAUGGGGGAGUCUUUGAUGAGAAGAUUUGCCAGGAACGCGAGGGGGUCGUUGUGUGUCCUGGACAGGGCACGUUACCCAUGAAGGAGUGUCUUACCUGGGGAGUGAAUGAGGUCAAGAUGGCUGUUGAGAAACGGCUUUCAGGCUCACGGAAUGAGUAAAUGGUGCUCGACCAUGUUGAUGGACUGAUUGCACGGGAAGUAAUUGUAUAGAGUACUCAGAGUGGCCUUGAGGACAUAAAUUUCAUGGAGCGGACGACAGUCUUAUUCCGCCGCAUAUGGCACUGACAUCGUC